AUGAGAAUUACACUCGGAAUGCUUGUUUCGUUUUUGUGUUGCAUAACAGCUUGGAAGGUGGAGGUUCGCAGAUUGAAGUUAAUCAAAGAAUAUGGGAUCCCCAAAAGCGAAGUUGAGAAGAUUCCGAUGAGUAUUUUGUGGUUGACUCCUCAGUAUUUACUGUUAGGAAUCAUGAGCGGACUUGUUGAGGCAGGGAUGGAGGGUUGUUUCUAUAACCUCGUCCCGGGAUCCAUGAAAGUUUAUGAGUUACUGUUCAAAGAAAUCGUGAUGGGAAUGGGGAAAUUUCUUAGUAUAUUAACCAUAUAUGCUUUCAGAGGGUGGUUUGGUGACGAAAGUAGCACAAGUCAUCUGGACAGAUAUUUUCUGAUGCUGGCGAUGAUAAGCUUAGGUUCAUUGGCUUUCUUUAGUGUCGCUGCAUACGCAUGUUAUUGGAAGAUAGCUCCAGAAGAGGAUGUGGUGGGUAGUAAUAUGGAAAUGGAAGAGGGUCUGGCACAAGCAACUCCUGCAUCCUCCUCCGGUGAACCCUUGGGAAAUGCAUCCUCAGCUGAACAGUUAAUUACCCAGGAAUUCUCCACUAAAAGGGUACUGAAAGGAGCCUCAUCGCCUCCUUAUUUCCCUUUACAUGGUGAUUCAAUGGCUACUAGUGGUUGGAAUGAUGUUGGGAGAAAAUCAUUGAGGAACCGAAGUUUCGGGAAUCGGGUCCAAAAGGGGGGGUGAUAGCAGAUCCAAUUAACUGCAAAACUUGAAACUCAACAGUGGGUUCAAAUACAUAUACAGGUUUAGACGUAAUUUAGUAUUAUUCAUGGCCAACUUGUAGACGUAAACUCUUAAAUAGGUGAUUGCUAAAUGUGUUCCUAAAUGUCUCCAAUAAGAAGGAAACUCCAUUUA